AUGGCUUUGCCAAAGAGGCCCUUGGCCUCGACUCUCUUUUUGCUCCUCUCCUUGGGGUGCCUACUACUUUCAACCGUCAUAGGUGCAGACACGGUCUACAUCAAGGGCUAUGGAAUCGAUGGCAAGACACGCGAGCUCGACGUCAAUCGAUACCCUGCGCUCUUCACUCGCGACUUUGACGAUUGCCUCGGUGGCCAGAGCUUGUUCAAUGUCACCAAAUUCGAUGCCGCCUACUAUGCCGACAACCUCACCGUCCUUUUCCAUCUGGACGGUACCACCAACAUCCGCAAGGAGAGCCUCGUUCUUCACAUUUCUGUCGAGGCUUACGGCGAGAACCGGUUUAACCUGACGUACGACCCGUGCAAGGCCAACAUCGCUAGCAUGUGCCCACUCAAUGCCACUGUGCCCGUCACCGCGUUCGCCGUCAUCCCCAUAUCCCCCAACGAUGUUCGCGGCAUCCCCUCGAUCGCACUCGGAAUCCCCGACCUCGAAGGCUUUGCACGCCUACAAAUUUUCGCCAACUCGACACAGACCGAGAUUGGCUGCUUUCAAGCCGUCUUCACCAACGGGAACACGUUUUCGCAGCCACAGUCCGUUGGCGUCGUUAUGGGCAUCCUGACGUUCUUUGCCGUGGUGGCCUCGUUCAUGACGGCAAUAUACGGCAUCAGUAUCCCGCAUAUGCGCAUGCACUAUGCUCACUCAUUCGCCGUGCUCGUCAUAUUCGAGACGUUCCAGUCCAUAUUCUUCUCUGGCGCCCUCUCUGUCAAUUGGCCCAGCGUCUUACCGGCCUGGUGGAGCAACUUUGCCUGGUCCGCGGGCAUGUUCGCCAACGACCAGCUCGUGCGAUCCAUCAGCUCCUUCACGGGAACGAACGCUGACAUCAGCCAAGUCGGCGGUGCGGGAUCUGUUCCCAUCAACAAUGGAGGCGGCCUGACACAACAAAUCUACGGCAGGUCUCUGCCUGGACCGAUGACCAUUGAGAGGCACGACGCGCCGGCUCUUGCGCGCCGGGCGACGCACAAUGCCAGCGACCCGUAUGACUACACUUGGAACGGUGGACCUCGGAUCCCGGGCAUGCCUAUGCCGGGUACCUGGCCAGGCUUCGGCGGCACCCUCUCGGCUGUCAACAUCCCUCCUGCUGAGGCAUUCCUCGUUGGCUUGAUCUGGUUUCUCGUCAUCUUCGGUGGCAUGGCAGUACUGAUCGUGCUAGCCAAGCUCAUUUUGGAUCUGCUGGUCAAGACCAAGGCUAUCAAGACGGACGGCUUCGACUAUUUCCGCUCCCACCUCGGUGGGUAUCUCGUCUCAGCCCUGCUCCGAACGCUCCUGAUCGGUUUCUUCACCAUGAUGACCCUUGCGCUGUUCCAAUUCUCAGCACGAGGCCCGGCGGGACCGACUGCAGUCGCGGCCAUAGUCUUUGUCAUCUUUUUGGCUGGCCUGGGCGGCAUCACCGCCUACGCCUGUUACUUCAGGCUACGGGACGGAAAAUUUGAGGUCGGGCCCGACACGGUGCGGCUCGAACGAGGAACCAUCUUUAAGAAGGUGCCGUUCGUGGCCACCACAAGGGCGAGCCAGCUGGGCGAGCAGGAGACUGCUGACAGGCGAUACUUGCUCGGCACGAUUCCCUUCUUCCGUAUCAAGUUUACCGAAAACGAUCCAAACAGGGCGCCAGUACACCAAGAUGAGGCGUUCAUCAAGAGAUUUGGAUGGCUGGCUGCACGGUAUCGCCGCUCGAGGUGGUGGUUCUUUGCCGUGUACGUGGGCUACCUGUUCGUCAGAGCAUGUUUCGUUGGGGGCGCCGUGCGCAGUCCACUGGCCCAGGUGUACGGACUGUUCAUCUUUGAAAUCCUGGCGCUCCUCGUCAUCAUCAAGAUGAACCCGUUCGAGGGCAACCGAAACACCGCUAUCGCCAUCUGGAUGCUGUCGAUAUCCAAGAUUGUCACGACAGGCUUGUCCAUUGCCUUCCUGCCGGACUUCAACCUCAACCGCAUCGUCGCCACGGUUCUGGGCGUCAUCAUCAUAGUCGUCCAGGGGUUUCUCGCCGUGGCCGUUUUGAUACUUAUUGCGCUCGGCAUGAUAUCAAGCUGGAUGUCUCUGUCGCGCAACCGGGAGAAGUUCCCCGGCCUACUCGAACAGUCUCGGAUCCGAUACUUUGAGCAUAUCGAUGCGCGGGCCGGGGACUUGCCACCGCCACCGAAGAAGAAGAAGGAGAAGAAGAAGAAGGAGGAGGAAAAGCAGCCGGAGCCGAUCCAGCCUUACUUCAACGUUCGGGACGUGCGGCGCGCUCCCAAGAUUGAGGAUGAGACUGCCAUACCGGAGGGCCUCGAGCCACCUGGCCCUCCUGGACUGUCCAGUGCCGCCGCUAGCAUCCGACGCAGCCGUGCGAAUAGCGCAAGCUCGCGUUGCUCGGUCGCCAGCAUCCCCCGUCCCAAUCGAGCGCACCGCACGUCUUGGAGUUCCAAGGACUUUGCACAGUGGGACGCCGAGAUGAGCAGAGGAGACAGCGCCAGAACCUCUCGCGGCAGUUCCCUGCGGUUGUCCGGCCUCGCCAAUCGAGACUCGCACGGCACCCACACGCCGACGAGAAGACCCCCGAUGACGCCAAUGGAGGAGUCGUUCGAGGAUCCCAUGCUGGAUAUCCCGCCUAACAUUAUGGAGUCGACCCCGAGGACAGGAUCGUCUCUUGGUGAGGCGGAGGAGGGUAAGAAGAGUGAGGGCCUGGCGGAGGAGCCAUCUCCGGUUACCCCUUUGACAGCAUCAAGCCACGAGGAGUCCAACGGCGAGAAGACCGAGACGGAUGUUGCCGACAGAAAUCCGGAGGCCGGGCCCCAGAAGGACGAGCCGGGUGCGGCGGCGCAUGAGGAGGCCGAGGAUGUCAAAGUGGCUUCAACGACACAGUGA